UUGUCUUGUCAACAGCCAACACUGUCUUUUCUCUCACUUCACUACAAAUGGAACCCGAACCGACCCAGGACUCCGCCGCUACCGUCAUCCAAAUCGACGCAUCCGAAGACGAAGCCGGAAGCGGUAAAGAUGCAGCAUCCAAAGGUGGAAUGGUUAAGCUGGUGAAGAGCAAAGUGGGAGGGGCUUGGUCUUCGGAAGAAGACCGAGUGCUGAGUCGGCUAGUGAGUAAGUUCGGGCCCCGGAAUUGGACUGUGAUAUCUCGCGGAAUUCCUGGACGUACUGGCAAAUCUUGCCGGCUCCGGUGGUGUAACCAGCUCGACCCAAUCCUUAAGCGCAAGCCCUUUUCUGAGGAGGAAGAUCAGAUGAUAAUUGCAGCUCACGCAAUCCAUGGAAACAAAUGGUCUGCAAUUGCAAAGCUUUUACCAGGCAGAACAGAUAAUGCCAUAAAAAACCAUUGGAACUCCACACUACGGCGUCGGGAUGCAGACAGAAUGAAGUCAGAAUCAGGUAAUAAGGUUGAAGAUGUUAACUUUGAUAAAACGAAAGCAUCAUGUGAAGAAACACUCUCAAAUGGCGAUGCUAAUUCAUCUAGAUCUAAUGAGGGAAAAGAAGUCAGUUCUCUAGAUUGUACAGAUGAUCAAUAUGAAGACAAGGUAUCAAUGGAUAAUCAAAAUAGUAAUGGAGCCAGAGAACCACGUACUCUUUUUAGGCCGGUGGCACAUGUAAGUGGUUUUAGCGUAUAUAACCAUUUAGGUGACCAGGAUUCUUCAUCAUCAUUCCAUAGGCCAGUUCCAGUUCAAGGACCUGUGGUUCAAGUAGCAAAUCUGGAUGUUGGCAUUUGUAAAUUGGUGGAUGGGAUUUCUGCUGAGCAGUCGGUGCCUGAUCAGUGUGGCCAUGGUUGUUUUUACACGCAGACUGGCAAGAAUACUGAAAACUCUUUGUUGGGGCCAGAUUUUGUGGAAUUCUCUGAUCCUCCUUGUUUUCCGAGUUCUGAACAGGCUGCAAUUGCCACAGAUAUAAGUAACCUUGCUUGGCUUAAAAGUGGUUUGGAGAAUGGUAAUGCAAUGAUCACAGGUGAUGCAGCAGGCACUAUACUCUCUCAUCAGUCUCAUGGGUCUAAAGGGCAAUUUGAGGAGAGUCGAACAAAUCAUCUGUUUCAUCGUGAAGAGAGGAAAGAUAUGUUGGGUAUGAAGACUAAUAUGCUAUCAACCUAAGACCGGUACGCUAUUGAUUUUCGUACAAUCUGAACCUGGAAACUGAGGCUGAGGUUGCUUCUUAAUUGCAUUUUCUAUAAACCAAGAAG